AUGAAAAUAUUAAGCUGGAAUGCCCAAGGUCUUGGCAACCCUCGGGCUGAGCGUGCUCUCCGGAAUUUAUGCUGGAGAGAAAGGCCAAAGGUGGUGUUUUUAACGAAAACAAUGCUCGAUGCUACAGUGUUGGAGAGAAUUAAAAGAAGAUGUGGGUUCGAACAUGAUGUAUGCUUAAGUAGUGAUGGUCGAUCAAGUGGAAUGGGGUUUUGGUGGAGAGAGGUGGAUGUGUCUACUGUUUCUUUCUCGAAACACUAUUAUGCGGCUGACAUCUUAAAUGAGGCAGGGAUGGCGUGUUGGAGAGCUAUUGGUGUAUAUGGGUGGUCGGAGGCGGAGAAUAAACAUAAAACAUGGGACAUGAUGCGAACUCUCAAAAAUUCGUGUUCUAUACCGUGUAUCAUGUUUAGGGAUUUUAAUGAGAUUAUGAGCAUUGAGGAAAAGGAGGGAGGAGUGGUAAGAAGGGAGAGUGUGAUGGAUGCUUUCCGAGAUGUGAUUGAUGAGUGUGGACUGCAUGACUUGGGGUUCAAAGGCAAUAAAUUCACUUGGCAAAGGGAUCGAACGCCGGAAACCACGGUGAGGGAGAGAGUGUGCUGCGAUAGUUGCAAAGGCAUGGAGUAUGGCUGCGGGGCGGAGGCUCAUACUCGUAUUGCUGGUUAUGCCGCUGGUUUAAAGAAAUGGGCAGCCAAGACGUUUAGGGAUAUUCGAAAGAAAAUCAAGAAGUUGGAGGAUGCACUUCAGAGUGCGCAAUGUGCUCCGGUGGAUGCCGCAAUGCUAAGCAAGUGUAAUGAAUUAUCGAGUGAGCUGGGAGAGAUGCGUCGAAUGGAAGAGUUGUAUUGGUAUGUGAGGUCCCGAGCAAAUGAGAUGAGGGACGGAGAUGAAAAUACGGCAUAUUUUCACUGUAAGGCGAGUGCGAGAAAAAAGAAAAGCACAAUUCAUGGUUUACUUGAUAGUAGCGGCAAUUGGUGUACGGAUGAACAGGAAAUUAGAGCAAUGGUGGGAGAAUAUUUUGCGAACCUGUUUUCUACGAGUAGCCCGGUUGAGAUGGAGGUGGCUCUAGAUGGCUUGGAGCAGCGUGUGACUGGAAGUAUGAAUAAUGUGAUGAAUGCGGAGUCGAGUGAUGUGGAAAUUAAAGACACUUUGUUUCAAAUGCACCCCAAUAAGGCGCCCGAUGUUGACGGUAUGCAUGCUUUAUGUUUUCAGAAAUUUUGGCAUAUCGUUGGUCCCGAUAUUAUUACUCUUGUGAAAAAUUGGUGGAAUGGGAAUGUUAAUAUAGAUGAAAUAAAUAGAACGUGCAUUGUCUUGAUUCCGAAAUGUAAUGACCCAAAAGAUAUGACGAAGUUUAGGCCGAUUAGUUGUUGUAAUGUGGUUUAUAAAACAAUAUCUAAGGUCUUGGCCAAUAAGAUAAAGCCAUUUCUAGACGAUAUUAUCUUUGUUAAUUAG